AGAAAAAAAAAAGAAUGCAAAAAUGACACAAUUCCGCGAAAUUCAGAGAUAUUCAACAAUUCAGUCCCCGAAUCUCAACAAGAAAACGGGAAAAACAAAUUUUAUUAGUUGAGGAGUGGGCGUAGUAUAAGUUUCUUCUCCUAUUAUGUGUAUUUUAGCCUAUCAUUCGAUUUUCCCCUUUGAAUCUUCAUCAUCAUCAUCAACCGAGGCAGAAGAAACUUCAAAUCAAAGCAGUAGCAGUGAAAUUUGUAAACCCUAAUCUUCGAUCCAUGAGAAAACCUCAUAAACGAAUUCAAUUUUCAGAUCUGUAGAGAGUGAUAUCGUUAAUUUCUUAUAGAGAUUUUGAUUCUUUUUGAUAAAUGGCAACGAGAAAUCGGACUAGUUUGUAUAGGAAAUAUAGAGAUGCAUUGAAGAGUGUUCGAACUCCUACUUUCUCUUCGUCUUCAGCAUCUACUUCGGGUGGUGGUGCUGGUGGUGGUCCUGUGAUUGAAUUGGUUAAUACAUCACUAUUGAAUCCAAAUAAGAGAUCUUAUACUCCUCUAAGUACUGAUGAUCCUGGAAGUUCUAGUGGGGGUGCUCUUACCGUGGGUUUGCCUCCUGCUUGGGUGGAUAUUUUUGAGGAAAUAGGAGUGGACAUGCAGCGCGCAAGAACUAAAAUGGCUGAAUUAGUCAAGGCUCAUGCCAAGGCUUUGAUGCCCUCUUUUGGAGAUGGCAGAGAUGAUCAACACUUGAUUGAGUCGCUUACCCACGAGAUUACUGGUCUAUUGAAAAGGUCCGAGAAGAGAUUACAGAGACUCUCCGCAAGUGGACCGUCUGAGGAUUCAAAUGUUAGGAAAAAUGUACAGCGCUCUCUUGCUACGGACCUCCAGAACCUCUCAAUGGAGCUUCGGAAAAAGCAGUCAACAUAUUUGAAACGUCUUCAGCAGCAGAAAGAGGGUCAAGACGGGGUUGAUUUAGAAAUGAAUUUGAAUGAUAGAUCAAAAUCGGGAGAUGAUGAAUUCGAUGAUGUGGGAUUCACGGACUACCAGAUGUCCAAAUUAAAGAAAAGCGAAGCAUUCACGGCAGAAAGGGAGAGAGAAAUCACUCAGGUUGUCGAAUCAGUAAAUGAUCUUGCUCAAAUUAUGAAGGAUCUCUCGGUUCUCGUGAUAGAUCAGGGUACUAUUGUCGAUCGAAUAGAUUACAAUAUUCAGAAGGUGUCGGCCACAAUUGAGCAGGGUUACAAGCAAUUGCAGAAGGCAGACAGAGCACAACGGAGAGGAGGCAUGGUAACAUGUGCAACAACUCUUGUUCUCAUGUGCUUUGUCAUGAUGAUUCUUCUGAUCCUGAAGGAGACCUUGUUUUGAUCAAAUUGCAUAUACUGAUCUUGAAAGGUCUUUUUCCACAAACAGAAUCCUCCUUCGCUUACACUUUCAAACAUGCAGAAAGUUAAGAACAUAAGAUUAUGAGUUCUAACGACAGCCUGUCAACUGCAGCUUGGAUACUCUAGAAUAGAGAUUAAUCAUUCUUAGAGGAAAGAAUGUAUUUGUUGAGUUCUUAUUGUAUUUUGUCAGGGUUUUGAUAUAUAAAAAUUCUGUAGGGGUUUUCGGAUGUUUAUAUCCCUAACCCUCAUUUUUCGGUGACAAGCUAUUUUUCACUUCUUGUAGCAAAAUUCUUUUAUGCAACAUAGUGAAAAAAAUGAAAUAGUAGAAACUAGAAAUAAAAAUGCAUAUACAGUCAACUUCUUUGUA